UUAUCAUCUAUCAUUACCAGGUGCUGAACCCCGUUGCAACGAGACCGACAAGAUGCCUGUGCAGAUGUCUCGUCUCCAGCAAGCCGCACGGCGCCUUAUUACCCAGCCAGAGAGGACGAUCUCGAAGGCAUCGCAGACCUAUGCGACAACCUCGUCCAUCAGACCACCAAAAUCGCAGUCAUUUCGGCGGCAGCCUCUAUCAUCGCAAUGCAUGCAAUUACGGCAUUUUUCAUCAUCGGGCGCAAGAUUCGGUGCCGGGGAUAAGAUGUACCAUCGCACAGGUCCAUUCUCAUUCAGAUCAGCGGCCCUCUUCGUCGGCGUCGGUGCGGCGAUGGUGUUCUACUUUCAAUACGAGAAAGCCAGACUCGAGCGAAAACGACUCACGGAGAUGAGCAAAGGCUACGGCAAACCUAAAGUCGGGGGACCGUUUACGCUGAAAGACCUGGACGGCAAUGAAUUCACCGAGAAAGAUCUAUUGGGGAAAUAUUCGAUGAUAUACUUUGGAUUCAGCCAUUGCCCGGACAUCUGCCCAGAUGAACUCGACAAGUUGGGGGAGGCCAUCGAUAUCAUCCAGGAAAAGGCACCGAACGUCAUGAGAUCAAUCUUCAUCUCCUGUGAUCCCAACAGAGACACUCCUGAGGUCCUCCGCAAAUACCUUGCCGAGUUUCAUCCUUCGAUAGAGGGGUUGUGCGGAACAUGGCAACAAACAAAGGAUGUGUGUAAGCAGUACAGAGUGUACUUCUCGACACCACCGAACUUGGAACCCGGUGAGGAAGACUAUCUGGUUGACCACAGCAUAUACUUUUACGUGAUGGAUCCGGAAGGCGACUUUGUGGAGUGCAUUGGAAGACAAGACACGGCAGAGAGUGCUGCUGCGAUUCUUCUGCAACAUGUGAGAGACUGGCAAAGGGAGGGCAAGCCGCUUGAUACGACGCCUCUACCUUAUCUUACCGCCAAAACCAAGGACUCGACGACUGCGGCGAAAUAAAUCCACCACACCACUUCUAUUGACGGCUACUGAUGUCUCAUCCAGCACAGACUUGUGGACGUCGUUAUGAGGAAAGUUGGAAAGAGAGGCCACCGUUUGCAUUGGAUUUACUGUACAUACAUAAGCAUUGCGACGGUGCACUUUGCGAUGUAAAACUCCACUUCUCACCUAUAUGUAAUAUAAAAUAUGUCGGAUGAUGGCAAACAAGAUGUGUGGAAAUAUAUGGAGUACCAAUUGAAAGGAUCAUCUUUUGCGCCUUGAGCCUCAAUCUCGGCCCUGGCAUUUCCAAGAUCACGCCGUCUCUCAUCUUGCAUAUGGACAGCAGCCAAUGCGAAUGCUUCCCAGCCACUUCAAUUCCAGCGCUGGCUGACGAAAACCUGAGAAGGGAAGGUCUCUUGCCCGAAGAAGAGCGAUGGGCAUGCAGGGGAAACAUUAAGCACACAAUUACUGCGUCAUGCCCGGGGUGAGUGGAAAGACGUCGAAGGAAAAGUGAGGCGGUGAGCACGAACGUGGCUCCAUUGAAACGGCGAGGAAGACAUGAUUUUGUGCGAAUUUGGAUUUAUUCCUACCAGCCGGUGGACAACAGUGGAUAUGGAAGGCCUGGGUAGCGAACUAGAACCCCAUUACUUUGCCAAAGGCCCUACAAGAAACAAAGACUGUUGCGAGGAGAACUAGCAUCAUCGACAACAUGUGUUUUAUGCUUGUCAGAGAUAUUUGCGACGCCAAACUGAUACGCGUACUCGUAUGGACACAAUGUUUUGAUAAUGGCUUCUGAGCGUGGGUUUUGUGGGAGUCUAUGAAAAAUGACGUACGAGGGGCGAGUACGGAGUAUGGCGCCUUUGCGAUAGCUCGUACGAGCGAUAUUGCCUCUGAGCGAUGUGCCAGAACGUUUGACCGGCAAAAAUUUCAAGUGUGC